CUUGCUACAGUAACUGCUGUGGCCCAGCUGGGCUGCUGCUGCUGAAGGAAACCAUUAAAAAAAAUUGGGGGGAGGUACCACUGCGGCACGCAGCGGAGGGAGUGUCUGAAGACGGUUGUCAGAAGUCUUGAAGGAAGAGAAAAAAUUCAGGGGGUGGUGGGCAAGGACAACCUUUUUGUUUUCUGACCCACUUUGCAGCUUGUGGAAUUGGGGAUUCCGGAGGAGGGGGAAGACAUCCACCAACCCUCCAACCCCGGUGGCGGCUCCUACAAGUUACGGAUACUGAAGGGGAAGUAAAAUAAUUCCUUUUUGAAACAUCUUUUUUAAUUGCAGCAAACGGAAAGAACUCAGGGCGCUUGUGGAAGCUGGAGAUAGAAGCAGGCCCCCAGACAAAAGGGAGUCCCCAGUGGCUUCAGCUCUAGCUGCAGAGUGCUACGGUAUCGUGACAGCUCUGGUUCUUGCUUGGGCUUCUGUGAAGGUACAGCCAGACAGACCUGCUGGAAACUGCCUUGUGACUGUGUGGUCAGGAGAGAGGUAGGGAGAGAAGAAGGCCUUGGACUCUAGGACUCUCAUCUCAAUCUCUCUCUCCAGCAACUCCUGGGCAUGUCUAAAGGACCAGGUUCUCUUGUCAUGGCCCCCUCUCCUUGUUUGCGUCAGUCCGAAUCCCGGACUGCCCUGAGGAGCCUCAGCAGCCUCACGGAUUUGGACAGGGGUAUGUCCCAGGAACCGAAGUCAAGCAAAACCUUCUCGGCUUCAGGGCCGCAGGGCCACCAACAGCAGUCGGGCCCCUCCAGCUGCGACCCUUGUUUGAGGCCCAUUAUUCACCGCAGGGCUCGUUCUCUCCCAAGCUCCCCCGAGCGCAGGAAAAAGGCGUCGGGGACUGCGGGAGUCCAAUGUCGACCUGGCUGUAGUCGACAGAACCGGGUGCGAUUUGCAGAUGCGUUGGGUUUGGAGUUGACCCAGGUAAAGGUCUUCAACGCCGGAGAAGACCCAUCGAUUCCACUGCACGUCCUCUCGAGACUGUCCAUCAACUCGGACCUCUGCUGCAGUAACCAGGACCUGGAAUUCACCCUCCAGUGCCUCGUUCCGGAAUUCCUGCAGCCAGUAGACUGCAGCGACUUCUCUUUCCGGCUGCAAAACCAGCGGGUCUGCCUGGAGCGGGUGACGACCUCAGACCUUGGCGUAAGCGGCACGAUCCGGGUGCUUAACAUGGCUUUUGAGAAGCAGGUGACUGUGCGCUACACCUACAACAGCUGGCGGACCCAGCAGGAAGUGGGAACCCGCUGGCGCAGUAGUGCUGGGGAUUCAGAUUUGUUCAUUUUCUGCUUUCCUGUACCCCCCUACCUUCUGGGGCUCAAUUCUGUGGUCCAGUUUGCGAUUCGAUACCGAGUUGGGGGAGAUGAGUACUGGGAUAACAAUGAAGGCGAAAACUACAGUCUCAGAUGUCAGACCCAUCCUCUCAAAAUGCCCCAGGAAUGUGAGGAGAGCUGGAUCCACUUUAUUUGAGUUAGGGUCAAGGCGAAUUUUUGGUGGGGGGUGAAGCUUGCUUUCAGGAAGAGAAAUAUAGGGGUUCUAUAAAAGCCGUGUUUUUGUCUAUCUUGUGAACAUCCUGGAACAUUCUAGCACAUUAUUCUGCAUAAGUCAAUAU